AUGAAAACGACGACGACGAGUGCGACGACGAGAAUUCCUCGAAACGGACGCCGUAUUUUUCGCUCUCGUCGUCCUCGCGUGGGGGGUGUUUUGGUGGUGAAAAACAAAUCACAAUCCGGGGAAGCCGCCGAAAACGCCCCCAAAGCAUCCGGAGUGGACCGAAGUUUAAACCCUCGCGUGCGAGACCUGAACGAGUCGAAAACAGUCGCUCUGACGGAUUUAGCGAGAACGCUGAAAGAGCGAGGCGAAGACGUCAUCGGCUUAGCGGCUGGGGAACCGGAUUUUGAGACGCCGGACGUGUGCGCGAAAGCAGGCAUCAGAGCGAUUGAGUGUGGGAAGACGAAGUAUUCGCCGAAUCCGGGGACGGUACCGUUACGCGCGGCGAUAUGCGAGAAAUUGAAACGAGAGAACGGGGUGGAGUACAAGCCGAAUGAGAUUGUGAUUUCAAACGGGGCGAAGCAAAGCGUGACGCAAGCGGUGUUGACGUGUUGCGGCCCGGGAGACGAAGUCAUCGUGCCGGCGCCGUAUUGGGUGAGUUAUCCGGAAAUGGUCACGUUAUCUGGAGCGGAGAAAGUCAUCUUGAAGACGGACAUUAAGAGCAAUUUUUUAAUCACGCCGGAACAGUUGGAAAAAGCAAUCACGCCGAAAUCGAGAAUGUUGAUUUUGUGUUCGCCGUCCAAUCCGAGCGGAGCGGUGUAUUCCAGAGAGACGCUGGAGAAGAUUUGUGAGAUUGUGACGAAACAUCCGAGGCUGUUAGUUUUGUGGGACGAGAUUUACGAACACAUAAUUUACGCCCCGAACGAACACGUCUCCGCGGCGUCGUUUCCGAACAUGUGGGAAAGAACGAUAGUGGUGAAUGGAUUCUCGAAGUCGUUCGCGAUGACGGGGUGGAGGUUAGGGUAUAGCGCGGCGCCGGAAUACUUUUCGAAAGCGUUCAACAUGUUGCAAUCGCAAUUGACGUCAGGUCCGAGCUCGAUUGCACAGGAAGCUGCUUUAGCCGGGUACGUAGAAUUGGGCGACAAAGGCGGCGCGCCCGUGGAACUCAUGCGUAAAAAGUUUCAAGAGCGAAGAGAUUACGUGAUUGAGCGAUUGCGCAAAAUCGACGGCGUAGCGAUUGAGACGCCCGGAGGUGCUUUUUAUGCCUUUCCCGACGUCACGAAACUUUGCGGCGGCGAUAAGGGCGGAUUUGUCGAAGGGUUCGGCCCGGUCAAAGGCUCGGACGAGAUGUGUAGGUAUUUAUUGCAAGAGGCGAGGGUAGCGUUAGUUCCGGGGAGCGCGUUUGGCGUGGACGAGUGCAUAAGAAUAUCGUACGCGGCGAGCGACGAGACUUUGGAGAAGGCGCUGGAUAGAAUAACGCAAGCGUUAGAUCCGAAAAAGUUUAAAAGGAGCGGUAGUUGGUAG